AUGGAGUCUGAUCUCCAUAGUCACAAAGAACCCGAUUUUUCCUUAAAUGAAUCCGCUAACUAUGCCGCCACAAUGGGACCUCAUUCCAAUAUAGUUUAUGGACCAAUCGUACUCUGUUUGGUCAUAACUAGCUUGAUUGAAAAUGUGUUCUUUGUCCUCCUCACAAUCAAACCGCUGCACCGACUCUGUGCUCUACGUCGACGACGUCAGAGGUUCGCAUUUCUGGCACGAACACGUGCAAACAUUACGUCAUUGGCCUAUUCCCUUCAAAGCACCGUUAUGCCAUUCCCAAUUCAGGUAUCCACUCCAAAUCCAGAUUUCGAACACUUCAAUAAGCAGAAUGAGGAACGACUUGCCAUUCCACAUGCGAUAGCGCCAUAUCAGAGGCACUAUUGUCGCCAUCGCGGUGUAUCAGCAGAAUCCUAUGAUAUCUGUCGAUAUCACUCACUGCAUAGGUAUACUUUCUACUAUUUCAGUAGUCUCUGCAUUUCGAUCACUCUAUUAAUGUGUGCAACUCUCCUAAAUGUGCUGAUUGAAUUCAAUGAAUGCAAGGACAGUUCUGUGGUUAUUGAUGUGCGACAUACUGUUCAAUGCCUCCUGGCGGAAGUUUCAAUCACCGCCCUUAUUAUGGUGAUGUCAUUCAGUCUUGUUCAAUUAACAACUGACCGGUUCAUAGCUAUCUGCCACCCUUUUCACUAUUGGAGAAUCAUGUCAUCCUGGAAAUGUUUACUUGUCAUUGGCGUAUGCUGGGGAGUAUCGAUCGUUUUUGCCCUCAUUCCAUAUAUACAUCUGCGAUUCAAUAGCAAAGAAUUGACCAAAGGUUUACAGUACUGUUUCCUGGUUGGUAUACAAGGAUUCAAUGGAUUUUACAUGUAUGCCUACGCCUAUAUUGCCAUUGUAUUUAUCAUUCCGUUAUGCUUUAUUCUACUGGCUUACACCAAAAUCCACCAAGUUGCAAAUCGAUCGGCCGAUGCACAUGAGGAAAACCAUGUGAGAUAUCUCCGCCGAGGCAGUGAAGUUCAAUCACUCUCUGACUCCGUGAUAGCGUUGAAAAAUCAUCAUGUUCAAUGUCAAAACUGUCAAAAGGAUUAUCUAGAGCCCUCGCAGAUGGCUUCAUUAUCACUGAAUUCUCGUGGUCGACCCUUUAGUAACUUCAUCUCAUCUGCUUAUAGUUCGGAAGGGGAGAGUAGGGUUGGAGUGCAGUAUUUGAACGACUAUCUCAGACGUGCAAAAGCUGCAAAAUCAGCUGUGCUAAUAGUUUGCAGCUUCUAUGGCCUAAUCUUACCCUACAUGUGCAUGAUCUUCUUUCAAUCCAUACUGGUGGAAUUUUUGGAAUGUGAAUGUCUGUGGUUAGCAGGACUUGAAGCGGUCAGCAUAAUUCUCGUAUAUGCCGCUACCAUUAUAACCCCAGUAACUUACGCUCUACGAGAUGGUGCCCUCAGGAAGCGGCUCGACUGCUUCUUCCGUAAUAUCAAAGUAACGUGUGCAAAGAAGAACAUUCCAGUGUUUUCAUAA